AGUCUCUUUGGAAACUUCUGCCGGGGGUUUUAAAAGAGCUAGGAAAGAGCUGCAAAGCUGUUUGGGCUCCCCCCCCCCUUUUUUUUCUUUUUUGUUCCUUUUCGUUUUCCCCCUCCUCGGUCUGCACCCUUCUCCGGACUUCACGCAGAACCUGCGGGUUUCGAAGAGGUGGUGGCAGAACAGGUGUUGGGGUCCAGGUUUGGUGAGGUCUGACUUUUUGCCUUUUUUUUUUCCUCCCUCGAUUUCAACAUUUUCCCGAUCUUCUUAGCAGCCGCCGACGCCUCUUACCUGUUCUGCAGCAGCGGCGCAGCUGGCCGCUGAAGCUGAGAGGAGUGGGGGUGCAUUUUAGAUUUUUUAAGCAAAAGGAAAAAAAAAUUAAGCCAAAUCCAUUUUUUUCUUCACCUCCUCCUUUUUCCAGGCUUCCAAGCUAAUUAUUUCUGUUGCUUUGGGUAAGCAAUUCUGUGGUUCUCUCCACCACAACCCCCAGUUCUGACCAGAUCCCGCCUGGGGGUUUCUUCGGUCUCAGCUCACUCUGCGAGCACCUGGCGCGCCUCUUUUUUUUUCACCCCCAACCUGUUGCAAGUCUUUAAUCCUUGCAAUUGGGACUUGCGUACAGGCACCUGAAUCCUCCUUGCCUCAUAUUUUGCAAGCGUUUUGGGGAGAGCACCUGCUCUACCUGCAAGAGAUUUAAAAGGAAAAAAAAAAAUUUCCAGGCUCCCUCUUGGCCCCUUUCUCCACACACUCUCGCUCUCCUGCCCCGCCCCGAGGUUAAGCCAGACUCCGAGAAAAUGGUGAUCAGCGUGGUCCUCCUGCUGCUGGCCGCCUAUGCGGUGCCCGCUCAAAGCCUGGGCUCUUUCGUGCACUGUGAACCCUGCGACGAGAAAGCUCUGUCCAUGUGUCCCCCCAGCCCUCUGGGCUGUGAGCUGGUCAAAGAGCCCGGCUGCGGCUGCUGCAUGACUUGCGCCCUAGCGGAGGGACAGUCGUGUGGCGUCUACACGGAGCGCUGCGCCCAGGGUUUGCGCUGCCUCCCCCGGCAGGAUGAGGAGAAGCCGCUGCACGCCCUGCUGCACGGCCGCGGGGUUUGCCUCAACGAAAAGAGCUACGGCGAGCAAACCAAGAUAGAGAGAGACUCUCGGGAACAUGAGGAACCCACCACCUCCGAGAUGGCUGAAGAGACCUACUCCCCCAAGGUCUUCCGGCCCAAGCACACUCGCAUUUCCGAGCUGAAAGCUGAAGCUGUGAAGAAGGACCGCAGAAAGAAGCUGACCCAGUCUAAGUUUGUGGGGGGCGCGGAGAACACUGCCCACCCCCGGGUCAUCCCUGCGCCCGAGAUGAGACAGGAAUCUGAGCAAGGCCCCUGCCGCAGACACAUGGAAGCUUCUCUCCAGGAGUUCAAAGCCAGCCCACGCAUGGUGCCCCGGGCCGUGUACCUACCCAACUGUGACCGCAAAGGAUUCUACAAGAGAAAGCAGUGCAAGCCUUCUCGUGGCCGCAAACGUGGCAUCUGCUGGUGUGUGGACAAGUAUGGGAUGAAGCUGCCAGGCAUGGAGUACGUGGAUGGGGACUUUCAGUGCCACGCCUUCGACAGCAGUAAUGUUGAGUGACGCGUCCCCUCCCUUCCUCCCCCUUUCCUAACCCCCAAGCCCCAACUCCAGCCAGCGCCUCCCUCCACCCCAGGACGUCACUCAUUUCAUCUCAUUUAGGGGAAAUAUAUAUACAUAUAUAUUUGAGGAAACUGAGGACCUCGGAAUCUCUAGCAAGGGCUAAGGAGACACUCCCCCACCCUGACCCCGGAAAUGUAUUCCUUUUUGAAGCAAGUUGAACGGACAGAGAAGGGAAGAAGAGAAGGAGCAAGAGGGAGGGAGAGAUGGAAAGAAAGCAUUGGAGUAGAGGAGAAGAAGGAAGGACAGAGAGGGUUAGAGAGAGAAGAGAGAAACCGUAAGGCGGAAAGGGCGCCACAGCCAGGGCUGGAUCUGCCCUUUCUUUUCCGCUCUAGCCUGGAGUCAGAGAAAGGUUGGGGCACUCAAAAGUGUGGCAUUCAGUGACACCCAGUUUAGAUUGGUCAAAGGGGAGAAAAGAAACAAGGUGUGUUAGUGCCUCUCGGGUCUGUCGCUUCCUGCAGCCAGCAGUGUGGAUGGCUAGACCCCUCACCCUCCUCUCCUCUUACCCAAGUGCAGGGUGGUUUCAUCCCCAAAUUUAUGAAGACUAAAAUGCAUUCCAUCCCUCUGAAGACUAAGGAAGCUGAGUGAUAGUUUUUCCCCGAGCAGAUGAGUGAACUCAGAAUAUGUACAAAUUUUACUCUUGUUGGAGAUUUUUUUUAAGAAAUCAGUACGCACCCCCAGCACUGGAAAGACUUGAUUCUCCAGGGUGACAAGCAUUCAAAAGCAUGUGGCUUUGGCCCUUGAUUUCACUAGACUCAAAGCUGGCCCGGCAGCCUCUGUGGAGGAGGAUGACAGGCGGAGACAACGAAGGGGCUCGUAUUCACCUACAAGAUUCCAUGUAGACGUAUAUAGACAUAUAAAUCUAUUUUCUUUACUUUUUUCCCCCUUUCCCUUUCUUUCAAAGUUUUGCAUUACCUCUUUAAAGUAGUUUUUUAGGGCACUGAAGAUCUUCCUCAUUCUGGGAAAAUCCAUAUUUCACUAAUACAACCCAGGACGCCUGCUUCUGGGCAGCCUUUCUCGUGAGCUACAAGUGUGGCUCUUUUGUGGGGCACCAAUUCGGAUCUUCUCAUGAUUCCCAACGUGUGUUGAAAUGAAUCCACCAAGCACCCAAGGGUGCAUCAACUGCGCAGCCCAGGUCACCCCAUUUCAGCCUUCCAACCCUCGCAAAGUAACUGUCUCACACCACACCCACCAUAUAAACCCACCAGAUCCAUCUGCAACCCACUGGCCUGUCUGGGCCUUUUUUCCAUCUGCAUUUUUUUAAAUUGCAUUUUGAAAGCCUCCCUCAGAUGCCAGGCUGACAUAUCAGAGAGAAACUAACAUGAGAAGUGACAGAGGAAGAGGAGGUGGAGGGUGGGGGCAGAGCCUUCCACCGAGAGACAUAGAAGAUGGAGCAGAGAUGAGGUCUGGGGGGGACAAGACAGAGACAGAAAGAGGGAAACACCAAUAGCAUUUUCCUUGGUGUCUCCCAGCUAAUCAACUCUCUGGAAUUUGAGAGGAAAAUGGGGGCAGGGGGAGCUUUGAGGUUGAAUGAGCUCAAUUCAAGUCACAGAGCCCAGAGGGUGGAUAAAUGAGGCAGGAUUCAGACUUGAGAUGCACGGUUGGAAACAAGGCUCGAUAGCCUGACUGGGUGUUGAAGGGUGAAGAGGAUGCCUUGGAAAGACAGCACAACUUUAGUUCAACUUCAGUCCCCCAAGGAGGGACGGAGGCCAAAGAAUCCUUCAAGCACUACAUCAAUCAACUCUGCCCAACCCAAGCAUCCCAGAGAGGCCUGGGAUGGAGGAUGGUAGAAAGCCCAGGACAACUCAGGCUUAGAUCUUCAUGGCUAGUGUCAUUUGCCAGCCUGAGUUUGAUCCAAGAGAAGAAAGAAAUCUCAUUGCCCACUGGCUUCUUCAGCAAAAGGGUGUUUAACAAAGGGCUCAGGACUGUCUUUGAAGACUAAGGCUAGCCUGCCAGGGGAGGGGACUCGGACAUUGCUACAGGAAGCCCCUCUUUGCUGUGGGCAUAGCCUUUUGCUCUUUCUUGAUGGCGUGGCAUAGUGGAGGCCCCCUCCAACACAGAACACGGAGCAACACAAAGGGACACAAAGAAACAAAUAUAUGUUGACUCACAGGACAUGGAUGGCUACAGAGACAGAAGGGGAUGUCUCCUGUUGCCCAGACAGGACAAUUGGCUGGAAAUGAAAGAGGCAGUUGAUCUUCAUAAGACAAAGGGCCUGAUGGGGAUGGCAAUAGAAGGACUUACCAGACCUGCAGGGUCAGUAUACCCAUCACCCCGCACAACAUCCCCAGCCUCCAACUCAAACUUCAGUAUAUCUUAGGCCAGUAUCCUAAACCUAAGUCUCUUCUUUCCGCCAUUAUUUCUCUGCAUCUUGAGCAGUCAUCUGACUGAGAUUUGCCAAGUGGAUACUGGGGUACAAUUGCCCCCAAGAAAAGACUGAGCCAGGAACUGCUUACUCACUACUCCUCCCAGGCCUGGAGCUGACUCCUGUGAGGGAUGCUCUCCCCCAACCACCCCCCCCACCCCCCACUACUUGCUGGACCUUGAAUGAGCCACUGCCCCUUACAUCGACCCUUUGUUGUGAGCCACAGAUGGAGGACUUUGUAUAGACACUUAGCCUUCCCCAAUUUAGCCUACCUCCCCCAAACUUGUGAGUCUCCCCACUGCUCAUAUGGAGAGGCGUGUCUAGGACAGCAAGUCUCUUCCCAGAGGAAUCUUGCCUUUAACAGACAGAUGGAACGAAACUUUCCAAACAGGAAGAGACCAUGCAUACAGAGACCAUGGACGUGGGGUCAUCAAGAGAAGAGGGAUGCUCUUCUCCAUGUUACGGGAGAGAGAAGGCAGGCUUGCAAUGGUCCCAUCAGGCCCUGAGCAAGAAGCUUUUGGCUCCGGGCUAGCCUUUAGCUCCAUUAGAGGCCUCUCCGUUGGGUUUAUCCACAGCCAUAGGUCUAAGUGUGGCCAGUUCCCCACCUCCACUCUCCCAUGGAAGGCUUCGUCCCACCCCUUUUUGACAAAUGCCUCACUCAAGCAGUGGGAAAGAGAGCUCUCUUCCCCCUCUACUGCCAGGUAACAAAGAGGCCUAACCAGGACCUAUUCUCCGCCCCAGCCAGUCUUGGCCAGCCAGAACAAAGCAGGGAACCUGGAGAAUAAAAGACUCUGUUCUCUGACAGCCAGGCCUAAACAGAUAAGGCUUGGGAACAUCUGCCCCAAAGGAGACCGAGGAGGCCUACUGUGUUCACUCCUCUUCUCCAAGACCCUCUUCCAAUCAUGAGUUAUCUCUAUGGUAACAUCCUCACCAUCCUUCUCCCACCACCAAGGGUUGCUAUGGCAACCUCCAAAACCACCUGCCCACCCCAGGCAGGGCAGCGGUCCUUCUGCUCAGAACCCUAGAGGACUCUAGGUGAAAUCUUACAGCUUAAGAGAGGAGUGAGCCAAGGAAAAGAGACCCUGUAGCCCUCUGGCUUUCAAGAGAAAAGAGGCUACGAUUUAAAACACCGUAGAAGGGAAAGAGGUUUCGUCAGCCUCUACCAAGGAGCUUAGGGGUUGUGCUGUCUUUAUUUUUUUAAACCACUAAAGUGCAAUGUUUCCUGCACUCUCGUUACCCCACCUCUCUCCCCUGUUAGGUUUUUGUUUCUUUGAGCAAACUUUCUUGGGGUUUUUUUGUUUUUUGUUUUGUUUUUUUUUUAACGGAGUAUUGACUUUCACCACUUCACAGACUCUGGCCUCCUAAGUCUUUCUGGAUGGGGAAUAGGAAGGUAGAGGGUCAGAGGGGAAGGGGUCCCUCGUCACCCCGCAUCCAUUCACCCCGCUUCUCUGGUCCCUAGUCACCAGCCUCAGCCCCCAUCUCCAACACCAUCACUGUCACACAGUAGCCUGUCACACGGAUAGCACGGUUCAGACAAGACUCCUUCAGAUUCCGAGACGCCUACCGGUUGUUUUUGGGUUUUUUUUUGUUUUCUUUUCUUUUUUGUUUGUUUGUUUUUUUACAACAGCAAUAACCACAGCACAUAUUACUGUAGCUCUUUGUAGUGUUACGCUCAGACACCAUAACUCUGUUCUCUCUUCUUUUUUGUUUUCGACUUUAAGAAAAAUGCUUGUACUUUUUACUGGUGAAACGGAUUGAAAAAAAAAAAAAAGAACAACAAACCAGUUUGUGAAAAAAACAACAACAAAACAAAACAUGGGAAAAAAAAUCACCCCAAUGUGGAAGAGCUCUGCUCCUCUUUAGCAUUUUAUACUUAAGGAAAUAAAAAAGAAAAACCUGGACGGUCUCACAUUU